AUGGGCAUGCCCAACUCUAUUCUUUAUAAAGCACUAGUAGCAUUGUUUUCCAUUUCAGAAUCUUCAUCCGAAACAAUUGAAGAUGCAUUGUGUAAGUGGAUGGAUGUAGGAGAUCUACUUGUUCGAGAAAUCACUGAACGACCAUUGUAUAUGGAACGAACACGACAAGCUUUGGAUGCGAUCAAAGAGUGCUUGAAAGAUAUGAAAGGAGUAUCAAACGAUGACAAGGUGUAUAUGAUGUGUGGGUUUGUAGUUGAUCCAGUGUUGAUCAUCAACUCUUUUGGUUGGCGCAGAUUAGUUUCUCAAGAAGUUAAUGCCUUGGUUGUUACAUGGCGUGCCAUUGGACUGUAUCUUGAGAUCAAAGACAUGCCAUUGACAAUGGCUGCCAUGAUGGAGUUUAUGAAGUCGUACGAAUCCAAGAAUAUUGCAUACAGUGACCAAGGAAAACAAUUAUUUGAAGCCGCAAUAAGUUUGUGGACGAAAUCAGUGCCGUUGAUAUGGGUGUCACUCAUAGAUCCAUUUUUGAUGGUUUUAUUACCCAAACCGUUUUUGAAUGCAGUGGGAGGACAGGAGCCAGCACAAGAGCUGGUCAUGACAGUGAGUGCAGGAUUGGCAGUGCGAUCGUGGUGGAUAAGGUGGUUGAAAUUGUCAAGGGGAGCAGCUCUUCAUCGAACACCACGCAAGACACAAGGAGGAGUUUAUUUCCCAGCGAACGGUGUGUUCAAGGACAGCACAUACACUAAAAACGGCUACACGAUUGCACAAUUGACGAAUAAAUUGCUUGGAUGA